CCGACCGCACACACUCUGUCAUCUCACUCUGCCAGAUCGCAACGCGGCAAUUUAACCACAAUCUGAUGAAGUAACAACAAGAGGGAAAAAGUGGAUCUUCAUGCACACAUUCCCGGGAAUAUACCAGUGCGCUUCAGGAUGAAGACACCGAUGCGUCAUGGAGUAGCCGUGUUUCUCGCCAUCACCAUGUGCACCAGUCUGUUCCUGUUGUACAGCGUCAGCUAUAAUACUGACAGUACAGCAUCCAGCGCAUCUAAGGGCGCGUCGGGUGAGAAAGCGGAGCCCACCAGAGAGACCGUUAACACGCACCGGACACCUGUACCACUGCAGGGAUACAGCGGCAUCAUUGACCACAAGCCUCUGAAGAUGCACUGCAGCAGCUGCGCUCUGGUCACCAGCUCGGGUCAUCUGACUGGCGGGGGGCGCGGAAAAGAGAUCGAUCAGGCUGAGUGCGUCAUCCGGAUGAAUGAUGCGCCGACCGCCCGUGGUUAUGGGGUGGACGUGGGUCAGCGCACCAGCCUGAGGGUCAUCGCUCAUUCCAGCAUGCAGCGAGUACUGCGCAGCCGUCAGGAACUCCUCAACUCCAGCCAGGACACAGUCUUUAUCUUCUGGGGACCCAGCAGUUACAUGCGGCGUGACGGGAAGGGUCUGGUAUACAACAACCUGCGGCUUAUGAACCAAGUGCUGCCCAAAAUCAAGGUCUACAUCAUCUCCUGGCAAAAAAUGCAGCAGUUUGAUGAUCUUUUCAAAAGAGAGACGGGCAAAGACAGGAGAAUCUCUAAUUCGUGGUUAAGCACAGGCUGGUUCACAAUGACUAUUGCCUUAGAGCUUUGUGACAGAAUCAAUGUAUAUGGCAUGGUGCCUCCAGAUUUUUGUAGAGAGUCACAGCACCCCUCUGUACCAUAUCACUACUAUGAACCGACGGGUCCAGACGAAUGUGCCAUGUACAUCUCCCACGAGCGGGGCCGUCGAGGCAGCCACCAUCGCUUUAUCACAGAGAAGCGGGUUUUCGCUAAUUGGGCUCGGACAUACAACAUACAUUUCUACCAGCCGGACUGGAGCCCUCCGCCGUUACCCAGAAACAGCACAGAGGCCACAGGCUCGUCCCGAACGCAGAAGACGUGACUCUGACUACAGCCUUUGUCAAACUCAAACUGCAUCAGAUAGAUCACUGGCUAUUUGCCAUGUGGAUGGAGCUUUACGUGUUUGACUGUGAGAGGGAAAAUUCUGAGUAAACUUUCUCAGAGUCAUAAAAGACUGAUGCUUAAACCAUUUCUUUUGCUUCGUUAUAGUUUAUGUAUAAAAGGCAUUGCAAUGGCCUGUAUGCAUCUGUCCGAGACCAUAUCUUUAGAUCAUCAAUGAAUGGCAAACCCUUUAGAACAAACAGCUGAGGUUCACUGGAUGUUCUUAUUUUUAUGCUGUGUGAGGAAUUGUGGUAGGGCGUGGGCGUAAUAAUCAAGGAAGUUUGCUGCCGUAACAUGGCCGCAGCAUGCGCAGUGAUAUCACGUAUAGUAUAGUUCCUAAUAAUAUAUAUUUUCCGCCAGUCUUAUCGGUCUAAUUGGAUUCAAUGAUCUAUGCUAAGCUAUGCUAAAAGUUCUAUCGCCUGCAGGAGAUCGGCUGAAUAGAUUCCAAAACGGUAGAACUCAACUUAUGGGAAUUGGGGGGAAUUGGAGAAUGAGCCUAAAAAAAAAGUGGAGUGUUCCUUUAACACAAAGGGUUUGAUGCCACAUGCAAUGGAAUGACGGAACUGGUGUUGAAGUAAACACAAAAUGUUAGGUGAUGGUUUUCUGUGUGAAACAGGACUGGGGUAAUAUAAGAGGGUAAAUCAAUGGGUUAUAUGCAUGCAUGUCUUACUCUCGUUUCACAUGAGGAACCCUAGGCAGGUUCCGGUUGGGGAGACAAAGCAGAGAGAAAUGGAAAAAUAUUUAAAUUUGCCAGAUGCUGUACAUUGCGGCACACAGCAGUGGUAUAUACAGUAGAAGUGCUGUUCUACCGUAGUUUAAAUGAUAUUUUCAUAAGUUAACAUUUAGUUAUAACAUUGUAAUAAGGUAGAACGUCACUUCUAUAUACCACUGCUGUGUGCCGCAAUGUACAGCAUCUGCUAAAUUUAACUAUUUUCUCAUUUUUCCAUUUCUCUCUGCUUUAAGCCUUCCUGUACAGGGUUCUUCCCGUGAAUUGCGGAAGUCACGCAUGCAUAGAGCCCAUUGGCUCAGUAAUGUUGAGUAUGACACCUAUAGUGACCCCAUAAUAUACCGAAUGCGUAUUGCAGUAAAAGACUUGUGGAAAAAACAUACUAAUCGAAACUUAUGGGGAAUAUAUUGUGAAGUACAUUUUUUAAAAAUAAUUUAUCUUUUGCCAACUAUUUAUUUUCUAGCGCCUACUGGAUGGAUUAUAUUUGAGAGCUUCUUAAUUUAUUUAUAUUUAUUUUUCAAUAUUCUUUUUAAUGUUUUUGGGAUCAGUUAAUGUACGUUUGCACAUUAUUAAUUGUUAAACAGAACAUAAAAGGCACAAACAGUUGUAUUUGAUUGAAAGUCCAUUUUUAAGUGGUUAAACAUGAAUAAACGUGUUUGUUAAAAGUGAAAUACAAAUGAUUAUUGUAUAUGUGUUAACUGAGAGUAACAAAUUGUUAAAAAAAAGAUCAUGCACACCUUGGAUUUAGGAUAGUAUUUCCCACAACCCUGAAAUCACCCAGGGUUAAAACAUUUAUGCUAUUAUUGGUUUAACAUUAAAACAAAAUAAGUAUUUUGUAAAUAUUCAAAAUCCACUUUUUUAAUUUUUGAGCAAACUGCUUCUUUACGCAUUUUUAUACUAAUUUGGAGAACAAAAAAGAACAACAAAAAGAACUCUAGAACCUCCACAAGAAUAAAGCAGAACGUCUUAAAAUGAAGUAGAAGCUGAACGUGCUGCAGCAUCAUUUAUUGUUCUGGUCAGUCUUGAGUGGAAAUAUGUUCGAGUUGUUGAGAAUGCAUACAGGUGUAAUUAUUCCCGUCACAGCAUGAGGAAUCGCAUCAUUGACCAUGACCACGCCGUACCCGUCAGUCAUGCAAAUGCACGCGCGGGCAGAGAUUGCAAAAGUAGCUGAGGCUUUAAUGCGAGUGCGCUCCAGAUGACUGACAGGUUGGCAGUGGCAUUACUGUUGAAUGCACAAAUGCGUUCAGAUACAAAGCGCAACUGUGAGUGAUGAGUCUGCCUAUUAUAGCGUGAAUUAUUGCGAGGUACUGUUUAUUAUAUAAAUGCUGAUAUAUACCUGUCAAAACUUCAGCUGAAGCUCAAGUAUUCUUCAAGAUUUAUUUAGCUCCUAUAAAAACUGUGGGGUAAUCGUGUGUCACUCUGAAAAGUAAUGUUUAACAAAUAAAGGAUGAGAUGUGUACAAACAAUUGUGGUUUAUAGGACUUUUAAAGUUACCUUCAUUGAUAAGCCGUCAUUGUUCCUUUAAUUUGGGAAUCGUACGAUCUGAAUACGAACACUGGGGAUAUGACUGGAAAGGUAAAAGUGA